UAUUAUUAUAACAGGAGAGUAGUGGCAAGAUGGCAAGUACAUUGCCCAUGAGAGGCCGUCGGACGCAUCGCAAAUCACGGCAUGGAUGCCAGCAAUGCAAGGCCAGGAAGAUCAAAUGUGACGAAGCCAAGCCGACAUGCAGAAACUGCAGCAAACACGUAGUAGACUGCACUUAUUCCCUCCCAAGUGGAGGAAGUCCUGCGCAAUCUCAAAGGAGUGAAGGGACAUCUCCGCAGGCCUCAAACCUAUGCAGCUGCGCAUCUUCAGACCUAGCAGUGCACGAUCUCGAGCUCCUGCAUCAUUUCUCUACAUCAACAGCCUACACAUUCUCUCGACAUCCAGCGCUGCAAACCUUCUGGCGGAUCGACGCACCGCAGAUCGGAUUUGGUGCCCACUACACGCUGCGGGCGAUGCUAGCCAUUUCCGCCCUCCACAUGGCUUACCUACGACCGACACAAAAACAAUUCUACGUGUCUCAGGCAGAGCACCAUCACAGCGUGGCCUUGAAAUUUGUGACCUCGAACAUGACACAGCUCAUGAACGAGAACAGCUCAGCAGUCUUCUUGUUCUCCAUCCUCACUAGCUUCUUCUCCUGCGCCAAGCCCCGCAAGCUCGACGACCUGCUUCUCUUCCAGCAGGGACGAAUCUCCGAGUGGCUGGUCCUCUUCCGCGGAACGGGCACAAUAGUCGAAUACGCGCAGGAGGUACUCCGCUCAGGACCAUUGGCGGCGUUUCUGAGUAUUCGGCAGCGCCGAUCUGACUAUCACACCACUCUCCCUAUCCAGAGGCAAGCCUUCAUGGACGAGUUGGAGGAGUUGGUCCGAGAAGAGGUCAAAGACCAGCAUGAGCUGCAGAUUUACCUGGGAGCAAUCCAGGAAAUGAGGGUUUCGUAUGCGCUGUGGUCUGAUACCGGGGUCUGGGAGACGGGGAUGUCUUUGUCUGGCUGCUGCGGGUAUCGGAGGAGUUUCUGACUUACCUUCGGGAGCAGCGAUAUGUGGCGCUGGUGAUAUUCGGGUACUUUUGUCCCUUGCUCCGGCGGUUGGAGUGGAUGUGGUGGUUGGAGGGUGGAGUGUACAUUUACUUUCUCGGAUCCAUGGGUUGCUGGACCAAGAGCAUCGCACUUGGAUCCAGUGGCCGAUGGAACAACUGGGGUGGCGGCCUUGAUAGAUAUCACUUUAUCAAUCGCGAC